GUCCUUUAGCAACCCGGAAGCGUAGCUCUCACGUGCUAUUGUGUACAUGCCAUCCAUGGUACAUGCACCGGUUGCUAUGCACAGUUGUUGCUUACCUCUACGAGCUGAUAUCACAUUGUACAAAACUACAGCGAAAACCUUUGCAGUCAGUAGAGUUUUGAGCAAAAUAUAAGAAGAUGAAAGUGGUGGCGUUGAUAAGUGGGGGCAAAGACAGCUGCUACAACAUGAUGCAGUGUGUUGCUGCUGGGCACCGGAUCGUAGCUCUGGCCAAUCUCCGUCCUGCUCACAAAGAUGAGUUGGACAGUUACAUGUACCAAACAGUGGGCCACCAGGCCAUAGAGCUGUACUCUGAAGCCAUGGAUCUGCCUCUGUACAGACGCACCAUCCAGGGCUCCAGCCUGGACACCAGCAGAGACUACAGUGAGACAGAGGGGGAUGAGGUGGAGGACCUGUAUCAGCUGCUGCACCUCGUCAAGGAAAAGGAGGGUGUCGAGGCGGUGUCUGUGGGGGCCAUUCUCUCCGAUUACCAGAGGGUCCGGGUGGAAAAUGUAUGUUUGCGGCUAGGUUUGCAGCCCCUGGCCUACCUGUGGCGCCGAGACCAGGAGUCCCUGCUCUCCAAGAUGAUAUCAUCUGACCUCCAUGCUAUUCUCAUCAAAGUUGCCGCCUUCGGCCUGGAUCCAGAGAAGCACUUAGGAAGACCUCUGGCUGACAUGGAGCCCUAUCUGAAACAGCUCUCCCAGAAGUAUGGCGUCCAUAUUUGUGGAGAAGGAGGUGAAUACGAAACCUUUACCCUUGAUUGCCCUCUCUUCAAAAAGAAGAUUGUUAUUGAUGCGGCGGAGACAGUGAUCCACUCAGCAGACGCCUUUGCUCCAGUUGGCUACCUGCGCUUCACCGAGAUGCACGCCGAGAACAAAGACGGCGAUGUGGUGGCGAGAGCUUUGCCCCAUGGUAGUUGUCCUUGCCAGAGCGCCAUUGACAAGAUGACUGAGGAGGUGGAAUAUGCUGAUCAAGCUGAAGACAACCACCAAGAAUUUACAUCAGAUUGUGACCUUAGUUGUCAGCGGGGCCACGAUCUCCCUCCAUCCUGCUCACUUAGAAGCACUAGAGGCUAUCAGUGGAUCUCUGGCAUCAGCGGGCUUCAGAACCAAGAAUCCGGGAUCCAGGGCCAGACAUCCGCAGCUUUCAUACAGUUGCAAAGUGAGUUGGACAGCAGAGGCUGGAAGAUGAAGGACAUUAUCCUCGUCCACCUGUAUGUGAAGAAGAUGGAAGACUUUGGUGCACUCAACACAGUCUACAAAAAACAUUUUGGCACAAACCCUCCAGCCAGGGUGUGUGUCCAGGCUCCUCUACCUGCUGGUCAGCUGCUGCAGAUGGACUGUCUGCUCCAUGACUGGACUGAGCCCCUGGAGAAUGGCUGCUUCCACCAGAGAGAGGCCCUGCAUGUCCAGAGCCUGUCCCACUGGGCCCCAGCCAACAUUGGACCCUACAGCCAGGCCUUCAGGGUUGAUGAUUCGGUGUUCUGUGCUGGCCAGAUUGCUUUGGUCCCCUGUACCAUGCAGUUGGUGAAGGCUGGCACCAGGACGCAGGCUCACUUGUCUUUCAGCUAUGUAAAGAAGGUUCUGGAGGCCGUGAUCAGCAGCUUGACUCUACCUCAUGUUGUCCAGGCCCACUGCUACACCACGAGACACCAACACAUCCCCAUCAUCAGGGCCGUCUGGGAGAGCAUGCUCAAGGCUGCAGAGGAAGAGAAGGACAUGUUUUUGGAGCCUGAGAUCAAACCUCCUCCAUUACUGGUCGUUGUGGUACCUGCCUUACCCAGGGAUGCUGCCGUUGAGCUCCAUGUAACAGCUAUCCAGGAUGACCCCAGCCAAAGGACCUCCUGUUACAUGACUACAAAGGUGGCGUGUGGAUCCAUAGAGUGCCACACCGUAAUAUCUGCUGACAGCUCUAGUGCUUCGCUCUCCCUUUGCCUGACUGUGCCCGGCCCUGCCUGCGAGGUCACCGAUGAUGCAAAGGAUAUUACAGAAGCAAUUGGCACUACAUUAAAAAAAGCCAUGAAGAAGAUGGAUGCUGAGCUUGUGCCACUGUGUGCCAGGGUGUUCUACAAGUGCGACCAUUCACUGACACAGCACAUCGUUAAAGGACUUGAAGUAUGUUUGAAAAGCUCUCUAGAGGAGUCCAGUCCAUCCGUGGCCCUGGUUCCAGUCCUGAACUUGCCUGACUCCCAGAUCCUCCACCUGUCCUGCUGGCUCAGUUUAUAGAAACACAGCCAGAAUCAACAACCGGACUCCAGUCAUUCACGGCACUGGAAUUCGGUGGGGCUUUUCUGGAGGCGCGGCUCCGACAACCCAACACCUAAUGACUUACAACAAAACCGAAUAGCUGCUCAUUAAUGUUGACUGUUUAUCACUGUUGAUGGAUGAAAUGCAAAGCUCUGUGUGUGUCCAUGUUGAUUUGAUGAUGUGCGAUUCGGAGGAUGUGUUUAUUCCACUUCAUACCUCAGAACUUAGGCCGAUAAUCCACUACAGUUGUAUACUGAUGCAGCUGUUACUCUGCCUCAGAGACAAGUCGUAUGGAACUUCUAUAACGUAAAACUGCAUACCAGAAGACUGGAGACCAUAGUCUACAAAAGGAGACACCAGCAGUGUCCCAUUCCAUGAAGCGAUAAACUGUAACCCCUGAUAUCCCACUGUUUCUGGUGGAAUUUCUCUUAGCACGCUAGCUAACACCCCUCAUAAAGGCCUAGCUCCAGCGCUGACACCAUCUGUUCAGUUGUAAAGCCAUAGAUUUACUGUGUGACUGGUUUGUGGCUGUUUUUAAUGUGUGUGGAUGAGGUGACUAUGUCUCCCUCUUAUGCUCCACGGGAUUCAAGGUGUGUUAUUAUUGUGUAAUAGGCAAUCAGCACCAAGCACCUGAAAAGAUUAAGCCUCUUUAUGUUUUCUAUUGAUUCUAAGGCAGCCUGGUUAAUAGGAGAGGGACGCUACCACACACAGCUGCAGGGUAGGAAUGUAAGUGUGUGUGCGUGUUUGUGUGUGUGUGUGCUGGGGGUGUCAAUGGACACAGUGUGAUGAUGUGGGAAGAAAAUAACACUAUUAACCAUUGCUCCUGGAACAUUUCUUUUCUCAAAGAUCAUGAACCGUAUUGAUGAUCUGAGUUGGAAUGCAUCUUCACUCCAGCUAUUCUCGUCAUCACGCCUCCGAUGGCGGGAGAGUGGAGUGGGCUAUUGAUCUUCACCCACUGCAGUGUUGUUUUGAUUGUUGUUAUCAAAAAUUGAACAAUAGAGGCAGCCAGUAGAGCCUGAAGAUUUUUAUUGAGAGUUGAAAAAACACAAACAAGCCAUUAUUUAUGAGAGCGAGCAAGCCAAUGCCCCAUAAAUAUACACUGUGUGUUAAUUUUCACCUGUUUGGCUUUAAAGGGUCCUACCAAGAGGAGAUUUAGAAUUUCUGAAUGAUUCAGGCAUGAUUGUUUUUUAAUUAGGUACUUUUUAUUAUGUACAGAAACACCUCAGUCAAGUGAGCAUCCAUAAAUUUCAGCUAAAAUAUUUGAUCAUAUUUCAGUGUUUUCAAUAAAUGUAGCCAUUUUGAAACAAUACUUUCAGUAAAGGACAUUCCUCUAAGAAUGUUUUCUUGGUCAUUUUUCUUGGUUUCUUAAAUUUUUUAAUGUGUUUACCAGUCUAAAUGUGAAGCUGAGCAAGAUUUUUGCUGAACAAACUUGCAUGUUCAGAAGUCUUACUUGAUAAUGAUUUGAAAAUGUUUGGGGUUUUUUUUUCAAAUUGAGCAAUUAAGAUUAAGAAACAACUCACAGCAGCCUAUAGAAAUUGUGUUUCAAUUAUAUAUAGGCACUAAAAAGCAGUCACCUUGCGAGGCAGCUGGAUUCGCAAGAUCGCGCGAAAAUCCAUCUUGUCAGGCUUCAAGUUAUGCACUUGUGUCCCAACUACCGGUGGUUCGGAACAAUCAGCGUCACGAUCCAGCUGCCUAGCAAGGUAGGACAGUGAUAGACAGAUGGUUCAUCCAAUCACUUGCCAAGUAUCUUUAUUUGAAAGUGCCUUCCCUUUUCCAAACAGUUUCCAAGGACGACUUGUGUAACAAACUAUCUGACGCGUCAUGUUAAAAAAGCAGCAGAUCCAAUGACAUUUAAAACAUAUGAGAGGCAUUAUUGCACUAACAAGCUUUCAGUUUAGCUGUCCUUUGGUAGUGACUCCACUUAUAUAAGUACGAUUUAUGUAACUUUAUUAUUAAAAGUCCAAGCCUGCAAAAUGUUUCUUUGUUGAGAUUUGAAUCCAUGUGCUUUUGUCCUUGUAACACAACAGUUAAAUGACAAGGAAUUCAUGUGUAACAAAACCUAAAAAUACAAGACUCAGCAUUUCAGUAAACACAGAGGAGCUCAGCCACUAAAAUUUACUGCAUGGUGACCACUUGUCGAUCACCGCAGUAAACAUUACAUCCUGUCUUUCAGCAGGCGUGUUUUCAUACAGACACAGGCAAAGCCACAAUUAUAUCAUCACAUCCUCGUCAUAGCCAGUGAGAUGUCCUAUGGCAGACACAUUUCUUUGUGCCCUUACCGCUAUUUUUCCUCACAAAAUGAAUUAAGACAGGGUGACAUUUAGUUUUUUUCAUGUGUUUUGUCAAAUGUACAUUUUCUACCCUGCUGACCUGCAACCACUCUGCAAACAAACUGGCUGUUGUAGCCAACAUUGUCCUUAGUGUGCCGUGUACCAGCCUGCGGCCCUUGUCAUUGUGGCCUUGCACAUGGACUUUAACUGUGUGUUUCUUCCUCCAGGCUAACCAGGCCAAUGUGUAUGACUCUCUUUCCCCAUAGCAGUGGGCUACAGUAGGGGAGCCCAGUUCAGCAGCAGCCUCACUGCACGAGACGCCUCCUGACAUUGUGGUCUGUUUGCCUCAGUGACUGUGGUUUUGUUUGUUUUCAUGUUUGGAUCCUUUUUGUUUCAUAAUAUAUAGUUUUGUUCCCCUGACGCAUUGUGAAAGCCUGUCUUUAUGGUCUCAGCACUGACUUAAUGAAACGUUCUAUCUACUGAACUGGGAGGCAAUCACAGAUCACACAAUCACGAUCG